UCAUUAAUAUUUGUCGGCUCAGGGCUCUGGAGUAUACAUAUUAAUUAAAUUAUCCUCAUUGUUUGAUGAAAAAUAUUUAUGGGAUAUUUUAAACAGAAUUGGUUGUUUCGCGAAUAAUUAUUGAAUAAUUAAACGUUUUGAAUUUGUAUUUACACAGUUUAGCAAUUAAUAUCGCAAGUGCAAUUAAAAAAUUUUGUUUAAGGGUAUACACACCUUUAAUCGUCAAUCCGCAAACAACAAUUUACAUAUUGAUUGUAGUAUAUGUUUAUAUGAAUUGAACGCGCGAGUCCAGGUUUAACAUUCAUAGAAUGGAUCUCUACUAUGAAAAGGAGCACAUUAUUAGUAGUGAUGAAUAUAGUGAUGAUGAUGACGACGAUGACGCUCUUAUGAAUGAUGCAGUUAGAGCACAGGAUUAUAAUAUUCCUUCUGGUGAUUACAGCGACAGGAACAAACAACCCAAGUGGAGAAUGGAUCAAAAGCAGAAGGAGUUGAGCUCACUAAUAAGAAGAAAUAAAAUAUCAGUUAUAUAUAAAAACAAAUCUAUAAAAUGGUUAAAUAAUAAAAGACAAAGGGAGCGCUACAAGGAACGUAUUUAUUUAAAUGCAAAGAAAAGUAAAAUUGAACCAAUUAUCGUAUCCACAACAUUAAAUGAAGGAAAAAAUACAAUUGAAAUAUCUAGAGAAAAAAAAUGUGAGACAAUACAUAUUGAAGAUGUUGUAAGCAUUGAUGAUGACGAACCAGACUUGGCUAAUAGCACAAAUAAUAAAGACAUUAUGGGAGCAAAUAAUGUAUUACCAAAAAGUUCAUCUUUAAGUACAUUUCAAUAUAAUAAAGUUGUGAAUAUUCAACCGGUAAAGCAAAGUAAAAAUCCUGACGAAAAAAGUGUAACUACAGAGGAGAAAAGUCAUGAGCACAUGGGGGAAAGUAGACCGCCAAUUGAAAAGAUAAAAGAAGUUCCUGAAAAAAGAGCAAGAUCAUCAAGCCCUUUAACAUUAAAUGAAAGCAAUGAAACUGAAAUAAAGAAUGCCGAAAAAAAAUUUAGAGCUAAAUCUCCAGAAUUUUACAAGAGUAUAAAUGAAAUGUUCCCGAAAUUUGACAAAAUAGCUACAAAUCACAUUGAUAACAUUGCAAAUACCACUUUAAAUGCUGCUGAAGAGAAAAUGAAAUCUUUGUCAAAUGAAAUUGAUACUUUAAAUGAAAUUCUUCACACAAAAGAAAUGGAAUGGAACCGCUUGUUGCACUUAAAAAUGGUUAAAGAAGAAAUUUAUUCCCGAUUGAGCCAAAAGAGACACACCCUUCAAUUAAAAGAAAGUUAUACAAAAAAACAAGGUCAAAAUACAUUGUUGGAAUUAAAGGAACUUGAAUUAUAUUUAUCAGAAAAGAAAGCUAAUUCAUCGGAAGCAAAUAAUUCGUCUAUAACAAUUCAAAAACUUAUAGAAAAUAGGGCUAAUAUGAAUACAGAAGAUUUGGAACGAGAAAAAAAUAAUACGAGUCGUCUACAUAGUCUUUUAGUUUCUCGUAAUAUGCUACAUAGUGCUGACUCAUCAGAAAAUACAUCUGUUGUCAUUAAUGGCGAUACUCAAAGUUUGGGAGUAACAAGUAAGAAUUCAGAGUUUUAUAAUCACGUAGAUGGCGGAUGUUCACUUUCUAAUAAGGGAAGACAAGGAGAAUUCAGAGACGUUAAAAGUUUAAUUGCAGAUUUCAGACAAAAAAAUCCAGAUUUGUUACCGCGAGUUGGUAAGCGAAUAAAGUCAAGGGAAUCCAACGCACAACAACAUAACUUUAGUAUUCCAUUAUUUGAGAAAACACGUCCACAAUAUUUUUCCAAAGACCAUCAGCAUGAGUACUAUCCUUUAUCAAAUUCGGUAGAAGAAAUUUCUAUUACUCCAAUUGGUCGUGCUAAAAAGUUAUCGUCAAGUCAUGAUAUUGAUUUUGUCAACACAAUGAAUAAUCCUUACAAUAUUCGAUUGGAAGAAAACUAUAUGAAAAAUCCAGUAAAAAGAGAUUUUGAUGGAAAAUGUCCCAAAAACAUCCAAUAUCCAUUAUGCCAAGAAUGUAAAACAAAUGAGUCUCGUUUUGUUUGUGCUGGUUGUGGAAACCAAUGGUACUGUAGUAAAAAAUGUCAGAUAUCUGCUUGGGAUAAGCACUCUGAACUGUGUACGGAAUAAUUAUUUCAUUAUAUUAUAAAACAAAAGAAACAUUUUAAUAAAAUAAUACUUCAGAACAGUACUACUAAAGUUUAUACAACAUA